CAACAUCAAACUGAUACUCUUAAUGCUGCCAGAACUACAAUACGUCUAUUGGAGAGUCUUGUAAGACUAGCACAAGCACAUGCUAAACUGAUGCUUCAUCCUCAAGUCAGUAUACAAGAUGCUGUAGUGGCCAUUAGUAUUAUUGAGAGUUCAAUGCAGGCUUCUACUAUCAGUGCUGAUGGUAAUGCUCUUCAUUCUUGUUUUCCUGAUAAUGUAACUGAGGAAUAUAAUACUCAAGAGAAAAUUAUACUGAGUCACUUGAAUUUAUCACAUCUCAGUGAUAACCUGCCUCAUAUUGCUACCCCUGCAACUGCACCUGUCACUUCUCCUUCUCUGUUGAAUGUAGGACCAGAUGAACUCACCAAUCUUGACUGGAGCUUUGAUACUUAAAUUAAAUUUUAUUGCUUUUGAAAAGUGAACUUUGUCUCUAUCUUUUGAUAGAUACAACUAUAUAUAAGGAAUAAUUUUGACACUAUA